UUAAGAUUACAGACUGCUCCUAAAAGAAGCAAAUAUAUAUUGCGCAAUAUAUGCUUACAAGCAUAUAUACUCUGUUGCUUAGUUGAACUACAUACACAACCUCUUCCAACAUGAUCCGCGAUUUUCUUCUUUUAUUGCUGAUUUUUCUCAUAGAAGAUGCUGACACAAGAAGUUGCAGGGGUGCUCGUCGCACUGCUGUUUUAUUGAAAGUAAAAGGCGGUAUACCAGGUCUUGUUGGAGCUUUUAUCCCUUCGUGCUCACGAGAAGGAAGUUGGAGUGAAGUUCAGUGUUCCGGUGAAUCAGGCUUUUGCUGGUGUGUCCGCAAAACAAAUGGUGAAAGCUUAUUGGGCUCUAGUCUGAGGUUCGAGAGACCGUUAAAUUGUUCUUCGCCAUGCGUCAAAAAGCGACAUUCUGCUAUCUUUCUAAAUGCAAGAUUCAACAUGGUACCAUUCGUUCCACAGUGCGAGAAAGAUGGCAGCUACAGUUCAAAACAAUGUGAUUUGAACAAAAGAAAAUGCUUUUGUGUGAAGAAUAAAGAAAGCGGAGAGGCAGACCAAUCGACGGUUACAGAUUUUAGUACUGAAGGAGUAUUUUCCUCGCUAUUAUGCUAACACAUAAAUAUUUUUUUUCGAACUUUUUAUGAAAAUACUUUUAAUCUAAUGGUCUA